AUGAAUUUUGCCAAUAUAGAGAAAGAGAUCAACACCCUUGCGAAGAAAGCAAAUGAUGGAUCAAUAUCAAUUGAUGAAAUGGCUGGAGGUUCAUUUACAAUAUCUAAUGGUGGUGUUUAUGGAAGCCUUUUGAGUACACCCAUCAUUAACCCUCCUCAGUUGGCCAUUCUUGGUAUGCUCUCAAUAGUGUCUCGCCCAAUGGUUGUCGGUGGCGAUGUAGUCCCAAGGCCAAUGAUGUACGUUGCUUUAACGUAUGACCACCGACUGAUUGAUGGAUGGAUUGGAUACGUGGACCAUCUUCAGCCCUUCGUCAUUCUAGCGCACACCCACUGCACUGACAGGAGCAUGCUGCUCAUGCCAGCAUGCGAUGUGGCUGCGUCUGAAUGGCUGCAGGAUAUACCUGAGCUCUGA